CUAAAGCGCAACUUAUAUUAUGGUAUCGACCUGAUGCAAAAGGCUUUGUUUAGACCGCAAGCGUGAUCCUACCCGUGAGGUUAUUGCUAGAUUUCGCUAAGCGGUCGACGACGUUUGUUCGAUAUUCUAGAGAGAGAUGACCAACAAACGUAUCCAAGUUCCAGAGCCAGAUCAGUCAAAAAAAGAUGAACCAGACCAGCAUGUUAUGAACCAAGUUGCUGAAUUGAAUGCUUCGGGUAGUGACACCGAUGAUGAGGCCUAUGAUAUGGAUGUUCAUGGGUACCUGCCACUAACAUUAUCUGAAAAUGAUGCUGGGAUAUCAGAGUUUCAUGCAGAACCAAUGGAUUCUUCAGAUGAUGAAAUGGCUGAAGAAAACGACGAGGUGUCUCACCAGGAAAAAAGAGAAUUAACAGUUAAUACUGAUCUUGUCCUUGAUGCAAUGAAAAGUAUUUCACUUCCACAAAGCAGCAUUCCAUCUUGGGCAGAUGAGCUCUCAGAAAAUGAUUGGAACAGCAUGAUUCAAAGGACUAUUACUGGAGAAAAAAAAACUGUGCAGCAAAGUCUGAGCCAGAGUUGUGCUGUCACGACAGACAAACGAGAAUCAACUUGACAGCCUGCUUUGUACCAAACAAUAUUGGUGCAAUAUCAGUGAUCCAUUUGAAACCGUCAGAUUUGCCCCAUUCAGUAUUACAUAUUUUUGAAAAAAUAUUUUAAUGGUGAAAACGAAUCGCACAUGGUUGUGAAAAAUAAUUGUGCCAAAGAAAAUAAAAACUACAGUGAAAUGAAAUAAAAA